AAAACAAACUAAAGAUAACACACUAAAACAAAACACCUUUCUUCUCUCCUUUCUGCUUCGAUGGCAAUGGCUCAAAAGGAUAGGAAUAGAUGGGUCGCUCAAAAGGGUUUUGAAAUGAUCGAUAAGCGCCUUCCUAAUCGAUUCUCACCUGAGACAACCAUAAAAGAACCGGUUUUUUCUCACCUGACGGAACCUAUUCACUUCUUUGGUGGUGACCGUCCUUUUGUUGGAAAUCCCAACCCGUUUGAGAGGCCUAAAGGACGGCGUAUUACCUGCGACGAGGCGGUCAGACUCUAUGGAGGAGUGCUUAUAAAGGAAUUUCGUAAAUAAUUAAGCGGUGUAAACCUCAAGUUAUGUUGAAGAUGCAUGGUGAGUUUGUAAAUAAGUGUGAUAAGUUUUAUUUCUGCUUUCGGAAAAAGUGCAGACCAACACAUAUGCUAAAGCUUGUUGUAACGGUUUUGACUUAGAAUAAGCUUUAGAUCAUAAC